AUGAGUAAUCAAUAUCCAGGAUAUGAUGAAAUAAGCGAUUAUUUCAAAAUUGUUGACAAUGAACAGUGUACUUAUUAUAAUUUUUUGAAAAAAUUUCAACACGUCAUCCUGGAUUCUCCCCCUUAUACAGAUGAUUGGACAGGUAUCGAUGGAGCUUGGUACAGAAGAUAUUCUGAACAUGCUAAAAAAGCAGGCAAACAAGGAUGUCCACGUACACCAAUGAAAUCCUUUUUUGAGGAAAUUGUCAUGGAACGAAAAAAGAGAACUGUUCAAAGAAAUUACAUAAGUUCCAGUAUAGAUGUAUUGGACAAAUCAAGAGAAGUUGGUGCACAUCAAAUAAUUGUAGAUCUAUCCGAAGCAGUGUCAAGUAAUAGAAAAAGAUCCCACGAAGAUGAAGUUAAAGAAACAUCUAAGAAGUCAAAAUCGGUUAUUGACAAUAAACAUGAAGCAUGUGUUUAUGAACAAAAAGAUUUGGAUGUUAAAGAAUCAUAUGACAAAAAUGAAUUUGAUGACGUUAAUAUAAUUGAUUUAAUUGAAGAAGAAGAAGGAGAAUUAUUUUUUGGAAUUACUGAACUGUCAUUAAUACAAGAAAAGGUUCAAAAAGCAAUUAAAAACAAUACUGACGAAUUGCAAAUUAAAUUACUAAAAUGGCAGCAAUAUAUGCUUAAAAAAUUAGAGUUUGGUACACAUUGUCCAACAAGUCAAAAUAUUCAUAAAUUGCUUGCUGUUUCAUCAGUUUUUUAUUUCAAACAAGAAGCUGAGGAUGCAUAUAUUGAUUUUUUAACACCUUAUGAAAUUUCUGAAAUCAAGUCACUUAUCAAUCCACAUUUUGAGCAUAUUGGAGUUUCAGAUGAUAUCAAGUUGUUUGUGGAGGAAAACAAAAGGAAAUUUCGACGGGAUGCUCUUGAAGAACUUGAAAUAUAUAUCAAGAAAUGCUCAAUAAAUCAAAAUGGAUGUAUAAAUAAAACUUUUUUUAGAUUACUUGAAGAGUAUGUGCUGUGGAAUCCCUCAAUUGAUAUGAAAAAGUUAAAUGAAGCAAUUUAUAUUGUAGAUUACUUGGGACCUAUUUUUAACAAAACCAUUCAUUAUUUCAAUUAUGUUACUACUCAUUCAUGGAUUAGUGUAGAAUCUAAAGCUUCCAAACUACGUAAAAGUCCUGCUGAUGGUAGAAUUCCAGACUAUAUGCUCCACAAUCAAAAGAAUACUCGUACAUCUGUUUUUUUAGAAGUGACAAGCCCUAAACGUGAAGAUGAAGAAAAAAAAAUUAAUUGGGACAUUUACAGGGCUUCCAUACAUGCUAAGGAUGCUAUUGAUUAUGAUAUUAAGAAAUUUAAUAUUCAACCAUCAUCUGGAAAAAAGUUAGCAAUUUUUAUAAACGGGUAUAAAAUGGUAGUAUGUGUAAUGAAACUUCAGUAUUCAGGGAUUUAUCUAAUGGUUGAAGUGGCCAAUUGUACAAUCUCAAAUUCUGUUCGUGAACUAGAAUCAAUUAUGAAACUGCAUCAGACUUUGAUGAGUAUCAGGGAAAAUGCAAUAGAUUAUCUUGAUGAAGCUGGACAUAGUACACCAAUUAGAACAAAUUAUUUGGAUUGGAUUAAUAAAACUGCAACUACACCUCACAAACCUAAAAAUCCUUCAAGAAUUUAG